CCUCCUUAUCUUAAGAAUAAAAAAUAAACAAUUUAAAAAAAAACAAUAAACAAAGCUCUCACAUUUGUUUAAGGCAGAGAAAAGACUGUUCAUCCAUCCUCUCGUCUACCCCCAAAAAAAACAAUCAGUCAUUGCAAAUGAAGAAGAAAGGGAAAGUUCACCCAUCUCCUCCUUCAUCUUCCUCGUCUCGCUACCUCAACGAAGAUGAGUCUCUCUCUGUGCUGAGGCUCCUUCCAGCGACGAUUCUGGUUCUAGUCUCGGUUCUCUCGACCCAAGACAGAGAGGUUCUCGCUUACUUGAUCACUAGAGGAAACUGCGGAAGAACCUCGACAUCAAAGAAGAACAAAUCCAGCAAGAACCACCACAAGCCACCCGUCUUCGACUGCGAGUGUUUCGACUGCUACACUAGCUACUGGUUCCGCUGGGACUCCUCUCCGAACCGCGAGCUCAUCCACGAAGUCAUCGAGGCGUUUGAGAAUCAUCAGGGCGAAAACUCGGUUUCGAGGAGCAAGUCCAAGAGAGGUAAGAAGAAAGAGAAACCGGGUCGUCGGGUCGAGUUAAUGUCCGAGAGCCACGUGUCGACUCCAGAUGACUCGUUGGAGAGGUUGAGUGGAGCUGAGGUGGUGGAACGAGAGCCGCGAGAUGAGGAGGAGGUUAUUGUAGUUGAAGAAGAGGAAUCAACGGUGGAGAUUCCGCCGGCAGCAGGAGGACACAAGGGAUUAGUGAGGAAGGUAUUGCCGGACGUGUUGGGUCUGCUUAAUUCCAGUUUUUGGCGACUUUGGAAUCCGAACGCGUAAAAGCAUCCAUCAGACCAAAACUUAUGCUUUAUUUUUUUCUUCUGAUGUUUUUUCAUAAGAAAAAAAAAAGAUAAUCCAAUCACUAUGCUUUAAUUUUUUCUUUCUUUCAUGUCUCUAAAGUAUAUCAAUCACUACGUUGUUAUGUUUGAUAUUCUUGGUUGAAAAACACGCAGGCAUUAUUAGCUUUCUUUA